CCAAACCUAUUCGCAGUGAUACAAGAAGAACCCAAAUGGACCAAGUCAAAUACACGGGAGAGCUGGUGCACACCGAGGAUAUGGGAUCAAGAGGUUUGAGCAAGGAAACGGUGAAAAAACUGAUCCACCACUCUCAUGAGGCAAAGAAGCAAGCAUACUGCCCUUACAGCAAAUUCAGGGUUGGAGCUGCUCUCUUGACCGUUGACAACUGCUUGUUCACAGGAUGCAACGUGGAGAAUGCGUGUUACAACCUGGGAGUAUGUGCUGAGAGGAAUGCCAUUUCAAAAGCUGUGUCUGAAGGUUACACUGCAUUCAAGGCCAUGGCAAUUGCCAGUGACUUGAGUGACCAAUUCAUCUCUCCAUGCGGUGGCUGCAGGCAGUUCAUGAGAGAGUUUGGGUCCAGCUGGGAUGUUUACCUGUCUAAGCCGGAUGGGACGUACACGAAGAUGAGCGUCAACCAGCUCCUGCCAGUCUCAUUUGGUCCUGAAGACCUGGACAUGAAAAAAGCACUGGACAUACCCAAUGAGCACUGAACCAGCAAUUAACUGGAACUUAAACUGCACUUACCGUAACUGUUGGCACGUUGAAAUUCUGUCGUGUAGACUCGUCAAUACUACAAGUGCUGAAUAUGUCCUUGUAUUUAUUACUGUAAUAUUGUAUUUAUGGUAAAGGUAUUUUCCUUUGUUAAUAAUAUACAUUGUUUUACGGCUGACGAUACUGGAUAAUUCAAUGUGCUAAUUAGUAUUGUAUUAGUAAAAACACUGAAUCACAUAUAAAAAAAAACAUGU